AGAAGAAGGAAAAAAAAAAGGUGCAUAAACGUAUAUAAAUAUACAUGUGAUUUAUAAAGUCGACGGAACGGAGGAGCAGGAGGAGAAGGAAGAGGCUGCGGUGGAGGAAAAACACAAAAAGGGGGAAAAAGUCCAGAAAAAGCUGCAGAAAAAGGUUGAAAGCACUUGGUUUUUUCCUUAUUAAGGCGAAGAUACAAUAUUUAUUCCGUGUCUCCUGGGAUGCUCCGACUCGUCUAUUGUCCUCCCCAUUCCUCAGUGCUGAUGCUUAAUUUUCAAAACUUCUAUAUUACCAAGGGACCUACGACAUCAGCCGAGAAAUACCCUGCAAGUACAAAAUCCGUGCGCCAGCCCCGUCCGUGCAGAGGGGAGACGCGCGCCUUCCGCCAGCCUUUUCUGCUACCGUUUCUCACCAGAAAACCACGACGGCGGGACUCGUUGCAUUUCUCUCUGCCCUUUUCUCCUGGAAGGAUUUAAGGCUUUUUCGCUCUAAUUUUUUGCACCAGACCGACGGAGAGAAGGAGGAGAAAAAUAACCACGGGGUUUACUUUUGGAGAAAGCACCAUGUCAGCGACCUUCCCCGGACUUGUCCACGACGCAGAGAUACGUCACGACGGAUCAAACAGCUACCGGCUCAUGCAGCUCGGCUGUCUGGAGUCCGUGGCCAACUCCUCGGUCGCCUACUCCUCCACCUCGCCGCUCACCUACCCGGCGCCGGCGGGCACGGAGUUCGCGUCUCCUUACUUCUCCGCCAACCACCAGUACACGCCCCUGCACCACCAGUCCUUCCACUACGAGUUCCAGCACUCGCACCCGGCCGUGGCCCCGGAGGCCUACGGCCUGAACUCGCUGCACUCGGGCCAGUAUUACCAGCAGCUGCACCACGGAGAGCCGGCCGACUUCAUCAACCUGCACAGCGCGCGCUCGGCGCUCAAGUCCUCCUGUCUGGACGAGCAGCAGCGGCGCGAGCUGGGCUGCCUCGACGCCUACCGCCGCCAUGACCUGUCUCUGAUGACGUCACACGGCUCCCAGGCCUACGGCGUCGGCAUGCACCACCCGGACCAGAGGCUGCUGCCCGCCGCCGGCCUGGGGCUGCCCACGUCCGCCUCCGACGACCUGCAGGUACCGGCGUACCUCCGUCACUAUUUAAACCAUUUCCUCCCUCGACACAGAAAUACAGUGUGUGACAGUGGCGUGCACAGAAAAAUCCUCAAAGGGGGCGAGUGGGCACCCUCAGAGUGGGCACCCUCAGAGUGGGCACCCUGCUUGAUAUAACUGAUGGGAAAAGAGUGAACCGUCACGUGAUUCCUCCAAUAUUGAUCCACUUCAAAAAGCAUGAACCCAUUUAACCCGUUUACUGACAGGCAGUAAACAAAUAUACUAUAUUUAUUAUUGUGGACCACACAGCGGUUUGGUGGUAUGAAUAGAUGCCUCAGGACAAAAAGGUCACCAGUUUGAGUCCCAACUUUUGUCAAGUUCCAGCUGGAUUUGG